AUGGGAUCCUGCUCCUCCUCUCUCCCUUCACCACCAGUCCUCACCAAAAAGCAACAGCACACCAGCACAAUUGAACCAGGAGCAGCCAAUGGUCGCAAAAGGAAGUCCAGUGCCAUCGGCGAGGAAUCUGUCAGUGUCGCCCGUCGAGAACAAGAAGUCAUACAUCAAGUAAAGCGUGUCAAGUUGGCACCGAGGCGUCACCAGCUACCAACACCUCCACCAACGCCGUCACCACCAUCACCAGCCUGGUAUGCUCCUCUCACGCGCCUCCUAUCAGAACUGGCAUCAAGGCAAGAAAGCCUUGUAGAGACAGAGGUGUGCCUGCGCGAACUCUUUAACAAGUGUCAGCAGAGGACCGACAAACUGGCAUCCUUACAAUCCUACCAUGGCGCACACCUCAAGAGCAACACCACGCUGCGAAAGGAAGCCAAGCGACUGAACCGUGAGAUCAGGUGGUGCCAGCAUGAGAUCAAGAAGGGGAUGAAGUGGCGAGUACAGGUGAUCGCCAGCAUUGACAGGGCGGAACGGAGGGUGAGGAUUGAAGAGAAUCGGGACCUUGUAGAGCAGCUGGACGCAGAGUGCCGGGUUUUGUGGCGGUCGAUAAUGACCGAGAGAAGGAAUUGGUUGAAUGAGCUCGACUGA